AUGGCCCAAAUCUUCAAGACCAUAAUCGAGUCAGUUGAGUUUGAUGAGAACUCAAGACACGUCACCAUCCGUUUUGGCCCACCAGGGAAACUACCUGUUGUUAUGACAUUACUGAAUAAAUACGGAUCGAACAAUACUAAGAGCUUCAGAAUUACCAAUCAACGGACUGACGAUGCCACAUCCAUAUUAACAAUAUACAGGACAACCACAGACCAAGAAACAAAUACUGUAGAAACCAACGAACCGACAAACAACCUAGAGACUGGCAACAACACUGACACUUCCAAAAAUUCUACUGACUCAAACUCCACUGACAGUUCUGAGAACUCUGAUGACACCGACUCUACGGACAACAAUGACGAUCCAAACAAUAACGACAUUAACAAUGAUGACAGAAUUGCUACAAACGAGAACACUGACAGCAAUGACAAUAACGACGUCCAAAGACCUGCUAACAAUGACGAUAAUGUUAACAAUACUGAACAUUUUAACAACAAUGAUGACGGCCCACAACAGAAUGACAAUGACAAUAUCGAAGCUUACACUAUGAAUGAACAGGCAAACGAGCAAGCAACAACUCGCUCAACAACAUCCAACACGACAACACCAGUGUCAGUGCAUAGAGCAUUACACUUAGACUACACGUCAUCCAGCAACGAGGAUCCCAUAGAAAGGGAGAUAGCCAGACAGAACGCCAGACGCCGAAUACAAGAAAGACAACGACGAACAGAGCAACCCAGACUACAACAUACAGAGACCCAAAGACCGACAAGAGCCAGUAUCGCAGCAGAAGAACAAAUUAGGAAGGAAAUGGAGAAGAUAGAUUUCAAUAAAAUAUUAGACACUAGUUUUUAA